AUGAUGCACCAUCCAAACCUAUUGAUGAAAUUAUGUGCUAUUAUUGAACAUAGUUAUGAAAAACCUAUGGAUCAAUUGUUUCAGUCAAUUGAUCCAAAGCCGCUUGGAGCAGCGUCGAUUGGUCAAACACAUCGAGCUGUAUUGCUUGAUGGACAAGAAGUGGCUGUGAAGGUACAACAUCCAGAUGCUGAGACUUUUUUUCGUUGGGAUAUUAAGACCAUUCAAGACUUUUGUCGGUAUUUUCAACCAGUACAUCUACCAUUUCUUGUUGAAGUUGAGAAACAGUUUAUGACGGAGUUUAAUUAUGUCGAGGAAGCCAAGAACUUGGCUACGGUGAGGAAAAAUAUUGCCAAAAGUCCGUAUGCAACAAAAGUGGCGAUUCCAGAACCGAAAAUCGAGCUUUGUACGAAGGAAGUAUUGGUAAUGGAGUUUUUGAAAGGACGCAAGCUUUUGGAUGGUAUUCACGAUCACUUUGAGGCUAUUGCAGCAGAUAAAGGAGUCACGGUAGAGUUUUUGAAACAGGAUCAGGAACAGAGGGAUAAGGAGCGGGCAGUGCGUGGGUUGGAUAUUGAGACUGGACCUUCGUCGUUACAGCUACGUUUGUAUGGGUUAACACUCAGGACUAAGCAUCUGGCAAGGCGUGUUGGGAGAGUUUCUUACGACUACACACUUGGGUUCAUCGCUCCAAAGAAGUGGUCUCCACGAGAGGAUGAAAAGCAUAAAUUACUAAACUUGCCUGAUAUUUUGAAGCUUGUGAUGGACGUCCACGGCUACGAGAUAUUUGUGAAUGGAUCGUUUAAUGGAGACCCACACCCUGGGAAUAUUAUGUUGCUCGAGGAUGGACGCCUUGGCCUCAUCGAUUAUGGCCAGGUGAAACAUAUCUCAAGAGAGCACAGAAUUCACCUUGCGAAGCUGAUUGUGGCGCUGGCUGAUGGCUCCCGUGAAGAUAUUAUCGCUGUGCUAACGAAGGACAUGCGCAUCAAAACAAAGAAUAUGGAUCCGUACUUUUUGGAGAAACAGGCCCGCUUGAUGUUUGACAACGACGAUCGCACUGUCACGGAAGGCAUGAAUCCACAGCUGUUCCUUGAGCACUUGCACACGAUUGACCGGAUUGAGUACAUCCCAGACGAGUAUGUGAUGGCUUUUCGCUGCUCGUUACUGUUACGUGGCUUCAGUUAUCUGCUGCACUACAAUUUUUCUCACGCCAAAAGCUGGGAGGGUAUUGCUCGACAAGUCUUACAGGAGGCAGGCGGUGAGAAUGGAAUUACCUCUAUGCAGUGUACUGCUAUCUAG